CUAAUGUCUACAGUAAAUGUUUCCUGUUGACCAUUCAGGCAAACGGAACACGUGCAAUUGGAGCCAAGAGCACAGCGUGUGUCCACCUCGCCUAAAGCAGCUGUUGAUGUGGUGUCGUAAAUCCAGAGACUGACAACCAACCAUGACAUCACUGGGAAGUAGCAGCAGCACCUCAACCACAGAAUACACCGUGCGUGUCCCCAAAAACACCAGCAAGAAGUACAAUAUAAUGGCUUUCAAUGCAGGGGACAGAGUCAACUGUUCAACAUGGACACAGGCUCGCAUGGAAAGAGAUAUGAGUGCUCGGAAGAUAUAUGGGGAGGAAGAGACCCCUGAAGGCGCAGCAGGUAGUGAGUUUGGCAAAAAACAGCGUGAGGAAGCUCGUCGGAAGAAGUUUGGUAUCGUCACGCGUGAAUUCAAAGUGGAGGACCAGCCCUGGAUUCUCAAGGUUAAUGGUAAAGCUGGCAAGAGGUUCAAAGGUAUAAAGAAGGGUGGCGUUACAGAAAAUGCAUCCUACUACAUCUUCACGCAGUGUCCCGAUGGAGCUUUCGAGGCUUUUCCUGUUCACGGCUGGUACAACUUUACACCACAGGCUAAACACCGAACUCUGACUGCUGAGGAGGCUGAGGAGGAGUGGGGCAGGCGGAACAAGGUGGUGAAUCACUUUAGCAUCAUGCUUCAGAGACGUCUUCGAGAGCAGGAGCGGGGUGAGGAAGAGGAAGACGAAGGAGAAAAAUCUGGGAAGAAGAAAAAGAAGGGGGGUGGAAGAGGGGGUGACCUGCGCAUUCAUGACCUGGAGGACGAGCUGGAGAUGAGCAGUGACGACAGUGACAGCAGUAUGGGGGACGAUGGAGAGAGCAAGACAAAGGUAAAAAAAGAUGCUGGGAAAGGAAAAGCAAAGAAAAAGAAGCAAAAAAGUAAAGACAACGAGGCUCUGGAAGACAGUGAUGACGGAGACUAUGAGGGCCUAGAAGUGGAUUAUAUGUCAGAUGAAAGCAGCUCAGAAGAAGAACCAGAAAAGGGAAAGCCUGUCAAAGCAGAGGAACACCCUAAAGGAAUUGAUGAAGAAUCUGAAAGUGAGGAAGAGAGUGAGGAGGAGAAACAGAAUGAUGAGGAAGCAAAAGAGGAGGAAGAGGAGGAAGAAGGGAAGAAAACUCCAGUUCAAAUGGAGAAGAAGAAGAAAAAAGACAGCAGUGGAGAAUCAGACAGCUCAGAUGACAGUGACAUCGAAGGAGAGACGGCCUCUGCUCUGUUCAUGGCGGUUAGUAAAAAACGCACACCUCCUAAACGUGCAGGUGGCCGCGGCUCUGCAGGCAGCUCCAGGACUGGUAGCCGUCCUGGAACUCCAUCCUUAGACUCUGCCUCCACCUCGAACACACUCCGUGCUGCCGCCAGCAAGCUGGAGCAAGGUAAGAGACAAGGUCCUAGCAUCGACUCACCUGCUGCCAAAAAGCUUAAGAUGGAGCCCAGCACCCAGAGCCCCGUUCCCUCUGGGAAGAGCACACCUCAACCCCAAUCAGGCAAAUCCACCCCAAGCUCAAGUGAUGUGCAGCUGACAGAGGAAGCAGUCCGCCGCUACCUGAUCCGUAAACCAAUGACCACUAAAGACUUGUUGAAGAAGUUCCAGACUAAGCGCACUGGCCUGAGCAGUGAGCAGACUGUCAACGUGCUGGCACAGAUCCUUAAGCGCCUCAAUCCAGAGCGCAAGAACAUAAACGACAAAAUGCACUUCUACCUCACUGAAUAACCAAAGGAACAGAGGGAUGUUGUGGUUGUAGAAGUGGUGAAGUGCUAAAACUGACCCUCUUUUGUUCAAAGGUUAUAGUGUUUUCAAUAAAACCCAUGGAAGAAUAGUCUGUACAGGUUGUUCUGUGAUAUGCCACAGCACAGGAAGCUAGACCCGCAUUCAGCAGCAGUCUGAAAUUUCACCUUAAAGCGGACUUAUUUUGUCAGUUUUCUUAUUCUUGAACUCCAAAACAUUAAAAUUGCUUUGCAAGAUUUCCAGUUCAAAAUAUAUACAUGUAUAUUUUUUUAUCUUCCACUUUGCUGUAGUGCAGUUUAUCCUUUGUUUUUGCUGCCUACCACUUCUUUAUAAGCGACUUUGUUUUGAUUGGCUGCCCCUCCUACAAAAAAAAAAAGAAGUUGUUUAACAGGGUUCUCAUUUACAUCACAAAUCCCAGAGAAGGAAAAAAUUAUGUAUAUAACAGAAAAGAAGGAAUAGUACAAUAGGUUCCCUUUAAGUAACAGACUUGUCCAUGAAAUUAUGUUGAAUGAAAAAUUAUUUGUUUUGACCUGAUAGUUAAAACCUGAUAGUUGGUUUUUUUUUUUUUUGUUUUUUUUAAUUCCUUGCAUAGAAAUUGUUUUCUAAUAAAACUAUUCUUAAGUAAGGAUUUGAGUUUUUGUACCUCCUCCAAUGUUAAAAAAAACUUUUUGUCCUUUAAGGACACAACUGGGCACUUUUUUUUUUUUUUUUUUGUCAGUUCAUCAAAUCACUUGUUCCUGGAAGUACUUUAAUAAUAUAAACAGAUUUAUUAAACACACUUCACAUUAAACAUCUAAAUAUGUAUGUGUGUUGCUUAGAGUGAAAAGAAUUCAAAGAUAGCAUUAAAAAAUAAAUGGCAGCAACUAACAUUCACUUCUUACUUUGGGUGCUUGUUGUUCAUGAAGUAUAGUUGGGCACAGAACACGCAUCGAUUGUUUAUUUUGUCCUCCCUCUGUAAAGACAAAGAUUACCCUGAAAUAGGGUGCAUGCAAAUAUUUUUGAAAGCUCAUUUGCAUAACUAUCAGGAAGCCAAGACUUUGUCUUUUGCAAAACCCUUUUUUGUUAUGGUAGCUACAGAGUUGGUUUGCUGCUUUGUUUACUGUCCUGGGAUAACCUGUAUCACGUAAAAGGAAGCUGCUAUUUUGACACAACUAGUAGGCAGCAAGUAACUUUAUUAUUUUAAUGAUAAAAAAGUACAGCACUUAAAACGCCAAUAUUGUUAAAGGGAUGUAAAAGUGAUUUGUGUGCAGUGUUGUCUGAGGUUUCUCAUCGUCCUCAUCUUUCUGUGAGAGUUUACGUAGACUGUGGUGCGAUUUGAAACAAAAACGGUUCUAUUGUACACCAGUUUCAAACCUUUUAUUUCAAAAGGUCUUGAAAGAGUAGUUGUCAAACAAUUAAAUGAUAAUUUUUCAAACAAAUGGUUUAUUUAAAAAAAAAAUUAGUCAGGAUUUAGAGUGCAGAAUGGCACAAAAACUGCACCAGUUAAAGUCUUAUGGCCUCUGACUGUUCACUGCUUGGCCUGCUAGACCUCACUGCAGCAUUCGAUAUCACUGACCAAAUAUUUUACGACAGAGAUUAGAUCACACUGUUGGUAUCAAAAGUACUGUAGUAAAUCACAUGUAUCUGAUAGAUUAUAGUUUUUUCAUGUGAACGAGGAGCCUCUUUUCACACACAAAAGCUAUUCAGGGAGUUCCACAGGGUUCUGUGAUGGGACCAAUACUUUUUUACAUUAUACAUGCUUUCGUUAGGUAAUAUUUUUUAGAAAACAUUGGGUACAUUUUCUUUGCUAUGGAGAUGAUACCCAUCUAUCCACGAACCUAUGUGAUCUGGCUCCAUUUAUCUUAAUGACCUCAUAGUAGCAUUUCACUCCAAUAGAGCACUUCACUCUCAGACUGCAGGCUUACUUGUGGUCCCUAGGACAUUUGAAAAUAGAAUGGGAGGCAGAACCUUCAGCUAUCAGACCUCUCUUCUGUGAGACCAGCUCCCAGUUUGGAACUUUAGAAACUUCAUGUCUGACAAAACAUAUACGUAUGUUUAGAUUAGGUGAUCCUGAAUCAUCCUUUAGUUGUAAUAGGUCUAGGCUGCUGGGAGGCUUCCCUCGAUCUAUUGAGUGCUUCUUCUUCACGCUGCUCUUUUCACUGUCUGUCUUUACACAUCACUUCUGUAUUUAGUCGUUAGUAAUUAUUAAACUCUGCCCAUCACUCCUGUAGUUUA